AUGACAAAAAUCAUUCCAAGUUGGCUUACAGAAGUACGUCCUACUACUCCAAACACUAAUACUAUGACUUCAACAUGGACCUUACCAAAUACUGACUCUUUACUUAAUGGAAGCAAUCAUGUUGACUCUGUUUUCAACACUAGCUUUACUACCGGAAAUGGUGCUUUAUCAGCUUCACCUGAUCAAACUCGUGCUGUUGUCGUUGGGCGUGAAGGUCGUUUGUUGAAAAUUUUGAAUGUAUCAGAUAAUGAGAUUACAGAAGAAUUAAAAGUUAGGGUUGAAAAUAAAUUUAACAGUAAUGAUGUUAAAUGGGGAAACAAUCUUACAAAAAGCAAAAUAGCUACUGCUGCUUCAAAUGGUUCAAUUGUUAUUUGGGAUAUAGAAAAUGGUAGAUCAAAGAUUGAUCAAAAAAUCGAUGAUCAUAAACGUGCUGUUAAUAGAAUAUGUUUUAGUCCAUUGCAAGGUUCGUCAUUGUUAAGUGCCUCACAAGAUUGUACUAUGAAAUUGUGGGAUCUUAGAGAUUUAGAACGGGCAAUGAAUACAUUUCAAGGAAGAUGCGAAGGUGUUCGUGAUGUGCAAUUCAAUUCAAUGAACCAAUAUGAAUUUGCUGCUGCAUUUGAUAAUGGAACAAUUCAGAAAUGGGAUAUUAGGAAACCAGUAGUUCACCUAAGAAAAUACAAUGCACAUAUUGGAUCAGUAUUGUCUAUUGAUUGGAGUUUUGAUGGUAGAAUCAUUGCUAGCGGAGGGCGUGAUAAAAUCAUCAGAAUAUGGGAUAUGAAUUCAGAAAGUAGAAAGCCAAAAGAUACAAUCUAUACCAUGUCAGGUAUAUCUUAUAUUAGAUGGAGACCAAACUAUCCAAAUGAGAUUGCAUCAUGUUCGUCAUUGACUGAUGUAAGAGUAUUUGUUUGGAAUGUUAAAAGACCUUACAUCGCAAGUUGUUUCUUUGAGACACAUGAAGAAGUUCCAACGGGAAUUUUAUGGCAUGAUCCUGAUGUGCUGUGGUCUUGCUCAAAGGAUAAAUAUUUUAUACAGCAAUAUAUCAAAGGAUCACGUCGACCUUUAGAUUUAUUAAGUAAAUGCGGAAUUGGCUGGAGUGUCUAUGAUCAACUAGCAUUUACUGUAGAUAAAUCCAACAAUAAUAAUGAUAUAAUUGAUGAUCACAGAAAUAUUAGGCAGCCUUUGAAUAAUCAAAUUAAAAAAAUGCAAAGACGUAUAUCUCCUGGAGCAAUAGAUUCAUCAAAUGAGGGUUAUUACAAAUUACAACAAAAAACUGGAAUGGCACAUUUUAAAGCGUUUGAUUAUAGAGCAUUUUCAUAUCUUGCAGGGAAUUAUAUGAUUUCUAGUCAAAACAUUUGGGAAGCUUGUGAACAUAAUGCAAAAAUUGCACACGAUGCACAAAAAUUUAGGACAGCACAAACUUGGAAAAUAGUUCAACUAUUAUUACACAAAAGAACAGAUAGCAUUGAUAACAAUAGCAAUAAUCAAAAUGGAGUUGAAGAACAACAACAGCACUCCAAUGAAUCUAAUUUGGCGAAUGAAAACAGUAGUAAUACUAAUACACCAAUAGAAAAAACAUCAGAAAGAGAAACAGGAGCAUUAGACAAUCCAAAGAAAUUUACUAAAUUAUCAGAAAAAGAUUUUAUUUGUGGACCAACUAUAAAGAUAAAUUUAACGCCGUUAUUUGAUCAAGAACAAAUAAUUUCACAAUUAUUAGAUUAUUAUUCAGAACAGGCAAGCAUUUUUAAUUAUUCCAAAGAUAAAAUUUAUAUAUUAUUUAUUUUAUUUGUUAUACAGGGAGAUGUGCAAAUGUGUGUUACCUUAGUUCUUGUAAUUGGAGAUAGGAUUAAGUUUAAUAAUGAAAGAGUAGAACAAUGGUUUUUUUCAUACAUUGAAUUAUUACACAGAUUUCAACUUUGGAUAGCAGCUACAGAUAUAAUUUCUUCUUGUUCGAUCGCAGCAGUUUCAAUGCUAAAUCAAGAAGAAGUAUUAUUGGAGAAAGUAUUGGAAGAAGUAGAUGAAACCCUUGAUCCUUUAGAUAUCGAAGAUCCAACAACAAUGAUAACAGCAGGAUGCAAUGAAAUUAUAAAAGAAGGAAUAUCAGUGGUUUAUAAUAAAAAAGUUUUAUAUAGGCCAAUGAUUAAAAUUGAAGGUGAAAGAAUACUUGGUCAAGUGAUCCUUAAAAACCAUGCUAAGAAAACUUGGAUAAAAAAUUGUAUCUUUAAUAAUAGUUUAAAAGGAUUAUUCAAAGAAUUCGAUAUUAGUUAA